AAUGAUGAAUACCGUUACUGGAGAAAGCUACGUAGAGAAACAGCGACUCGUAAACUGCGGGCAGUAGUAGGUCGACCGGCGCGUACGCAGCGCCUGGCAGCGAUACGCAGUGAACUUGGAUAUUUCUUACGGAUUACGAGAUUUAUUAAAGCGACAACAAUGUUGGAAGGCACGAAGAUAAACACGCCAUCACAAGUAUCAAGCAUAUUUGACAUUGCCAAAGACACAGUUCUAUUUCUCGUGUUAUCAUGUUACUACAUACUGGAGUCACUGUUCUGGACACUAGUACCGAACGUACUGAGGCCAAUGAAAAGUCUGAAUGGAGAUAUAAUUCUAAUCACUGGAGGCGGCGGAGGAGUUGGCAGGCAGUUGGCCAUCAAGUUGGCAAGACUUGGUGCCAAGGUGGUUUUGUGGGACAUAAAUAAAGAAGCACUAAAAAAGACAUGCUCUGCUCUCAGAGAUGAAGGUUACGAGGUGUACAGCUAUGUCGUAGACUUGGCCGAUAGAACUGCUGUGUACAGCACUGCGCAGAAAGUCAAAAUAGAGGUGGGAAAAGUGGACAUCCUCAUAAACAACGCUGGAAUUGUCUUUGGUGAAACCUUCCUGGAUCUAAAUGAUGCGGCCAUUGAAACUACAUACAAAGUUAACAUAAUAUCUCAUUAUUGGACAGUGAAAGCCUUUCUCCCCGACAUGAUAAGCUCCGGCAAAGGUCACAUAGUGACAGUGGGUUCUGUCGCCGGUCUUCUCGGCACCUAUCGCUGUACAGACUACAGCGCCACCAAGUUCGCCACCGUUGGCUUCCACGAGAGCCUGUUUACGGAGCUACGGGCUCAUGGUCACAAUACAAUCCACGCGACCCUGGUUUGCCCGUACUACAUCAACACGGGCAUGUUCGACGGGGUGACGCCGCGCCUCAUGCCGAUGUUGGAGCCCGACUACGUGGCCGAGACCAUGAUAGACUCGAUCCGCAAGAACGAGGUCAACUGCAUCAUGCCCGGCUCCGUUAGAUACUUGCUGCCUCUUAAGUGUUUACUCCCAGCAAAAAUGUGCUGGGACCUAAUGCACAGGGUGAUGAAAGGGCCGCAGUCAAUGAUGGAGCUCAAAAAGAAACCCGCCGUAGUGUGAAAAAUAUUUCACGUUGGUAGCAUACCAUAAAAUAUUUACUUAUAUCUAAGUACCUAUUAACAUUUUUGUAUGUUGGAACAUUGGUACAGACUAAAUUAUUUUUUUACAAUAUUGUCAGUAACAUUGAUCACUUAUAAAACUAUACUAAAAAGUAAGUGUUUUAUUAUUUAUAAUGUAGGGAUUUUAGAAUUUGAAUUUCAAAACAAGAGACUUUAAUUUAUUUUUACUUUAACUUUUACUGAUUAAAAGAUACUUUUGAUUGAAAUUAUCGAUCAUUACUAUUACUGGUACGGUGCCGUGGUCAGAUUUAUUUCUCCAAGUUAGAAAUAUAUACUCAGAGGCACAAUUGUCCUUUAAUAUACUCGUGUCAUAUUAAAGUGGGCGGAUAAUUGUGCCUCUGAGUAUAGCUACAUAAAUAUCAAUAAAACAGUGCUUACAUCAAGAAGAGAAACCUUGAGAACUUUCUCAAGGCACACUGGAGUAUGAGAUUAUUUUACGAAGGAGUGCAAGAGUAAAAAUUAGUAAAUAAUUUUGAGGCGUAGACUACCACCAAAUCGAACGCCAAAAAUAAUUUGGUAAACCAAUUAGACUUUUAUCAACCAUCUUUAAAAAAAAACACAUUAUUUUUAAAAGUACCUUCUUAUUAUGUAAAUAGCAGCUAUCUAGAAGACUGAAGACUAUAUCUAUGUAGAUAUUAUGUUUUUUAACAAAUAAACCAAUUUUAAAAAGAA